UUUAUCUGAAGAAUCACCUAAAUUCAGACAGUUUAUAUGACAUUGAUAGAAUAAAUGCGCUAAGUAUGAUGCUUUAAUAAUGGCAGGUUUGGAGGAUGGAUGGUCAUAGUGCUAGCUUGGAGGAGAUAGAAGAAUAUCACAUGAUGGUUAGUCAGAUGUUUGCAAGCGAGAAGCAAGGUUACGAGCACUACAAUAGAUAUGCAAGAGUAAAAGGUUUUAGUGUCAGAUUGGAUGACAAGGAGUACGUGAAGGGCACCAGAGAGGUGAAAGCAAGACGUUUCUGCUGCUCUAAAGAAGGGCACCGAUUGGAGAAGUACUUUCAAGCGACUGACCAAAAAAGGGAGCCACGGGCGCUGACCCGUUGUGGUUGCAAAGCUAUGCUUGAGAUCCAACAUGAUGCAGGCAGGGGUCAGUGGUUUGUUAAGAAGUUUGUUGAUGUCCAUAACCACCCGCUAGCCGACCCGGACCAAUCUGCUUUUCUACGAUCUCACCGUCGGAUGAACGAUGCUCACAAGGCUGAUGCAGUGGAAUACGGACUUGGUGGUCUCCGUACGUUCCAAAUCAUGAAUGUGGCAGAGAAACAAAACGGCGGCUAUCCUCAUGUUGGGUAUAUUUCUCGAGACCUCUACAAUUUCUUCGCCAGGUACAAGAAAAAAGAAUCUUAGGCAGGGAUGCUGACUUUGUGCUGAACCAUAUGAGAGUACAGGAAGAACGAGAUGCUGAGUUUUUCUUCAAAUACACCACAGAUGAUGAAGGACAUCUUCGAAAUUUAUUCUGGGCAGAUUCACAGUCUCAGAUUGAUUAUGAAGCAUUCGGCGAUGUAGUUGUGUUUGACAGCACUUAUCGGGUCAACCGCUACAAUCUCCCUUUUGUUGCAUUUGUUGGACUGAACCAUCAUCGUAGUACUGUUGUUUUCGGGAUUGGUGUUGUUUCAGAUGAGACCCACAAGUCAUACGAGUGGCUACUUCAGACCUUUGUAGAGGCGAUGGG